UCAAAAUAACGAAGCAUAAUUAAGAUCUUCAAAUUCAGAACAUUCCAAAUAAAAAUCAUAUAGUAAAAUCACUGAGAAAGAAAGUGACAGCGGCGAAGGUGUUGGUGGUGGUGAAGAUAUCAAAGAGGAUGAGAGAAGAAUUGAAAUCCGUGAGAAAGAAAGUGAGUUAUGAUAUUGAGGAGAGGGAGAAUUUGAAAUUUGAAAUUGAUUCUAAGCUAACAUGUAUCUAGACUGAGGUUUUUGGAUUCUAGCCUGCUGCCUGCAAAUCUGCAAUACGUGAAAGGGACAACUCAAGGAAAGUCUUCUUCCUUCUUUGUUUUUCUGUUUGGCGUGAAUCUUUUCUUCUUUCAAGAAAUGGGCUUUGCUGGGCCGGAUUGUAUUGAACUCAAUGUAUUUGGCCCAGUUUUGCAUAACAGAAAAGGAGGGAAAAACAAUUCAAAACAUUGCCCAAAAGAAGUAUGAUUUUUGGCAUUUAGUACACAUAGGAUUUUGCUCUGCAUUCAUGAGAGCUUGACACCUGUCAAAUUUUGCCAUUUAGAUGUGUUGGAUGUGUGUAGUUGGAAGGAUUUAAAGUCUUCUAUAUGCAAGUCUUUGGUUUUGUCAUUUUGUUAGUCCAUUUUUCGUAUUACUUUUUCAUAUUCACAUUGCAAAAAUUAAUUUUCCUUCUCUUCAAAUUAAUUCCCCUAAAUAUAAAAUCCGGCCAAGCGUUGAGAGGCUCAUACAUACUAUUCAUCCAUUGUUGCUGACUUGCUGCUGUUUUGGAAGAAGCUUUUCUUUUUGGAAAGAUAUUGAUUAUGGGUAGACCAAAAAGCAAGUACUGGUCUCACGUUACAACAGAAGCUAAUGAUCCUAAAUAUUUGGUGUGCAAUCAUUGUAACAAAAAGUUUAGAGGAGGAGCUUCAAGAAUUGAAGCACACCUGCUGGGUGACAAAAGAGGGGGCAUUAGUAAAUGCUCAAAGUAUCCUGCUAAUAAUGAAGGAGUUAACAACAAUAUGGCAUCCACUUCAAGUAAUCCACCACAACCUGUCAUUAAUACAAUUCAUGAUGUAACACAUGAUGAUCAAGGUACUCCCGAAGUGAUUGAGACUCAGAGUCUCAGACCAGCAAUUUAGUUAACCAUCAAAAUAAUCUUGAAAUGAUGAAUUUAUCUGAAGGUGUGAACGGUAGCGGUCAUAACAGAAGUGUUUGUGAAAGUGAGAUUAAUCAAUUGGUUCGUGAUUUAGAUUUUGAGAAAAAUGAUAUUGCGAAACAACUUCAAUGUUUGGAGUCUCGUAGAAAAAAGCGCAAGCCAGAAGUUGAUUUUUGGUUGGAAGAAUUACAAGAUAUCAAAGAAAGUGUGAGGCAUAUGAAUAACUUAAAUGAUACUCAUCAUGUAAGUGAAUUGAUCCAAAAGAUGAAACGACACAAGGAAGAGAAACCUCUCACUUUGUCAACUGAAUAUGUCGGCUGGAGAUUAGAUGAAAAUAUCAAGAAAGUGUUGAAACUUCUUGAUGAUGACAAAGUCUUUGUCAUUGGGAUAUAUGGAAUGGGAGGAGUAGGAAAAACUUUACUUGCAACUCUCGUGGAAAAUGAAGUCAAAAGGAAAACAACUUUCAAGGAUGUGUUUUGGGUCACUGUUUCUGACAUCACUAACAUCUCAAAAUUGCAAAAUGAUAUUGCAAAAAGAAUAGGUGUAAAGCUUGAUGAAGACGAUGAGAGAAUUAGAGCAUACCAUUUGUCUUCCGCAUUGGAGAAAAAAGAAAAAUCAGUUCUUAUUCUGGAUGAUGUUUGGAGAUACAUUGAUUUAGAAAAGGUGGGAAUUAUUCCAAAAGUGAAUGGCAUUAAAGUGAUUGUGACAUCUCGUUUAGAACAUCUAUGUCACCAGAUGGAUUGUUGGUCAUAUGCUAUAAUACAAAUGUUUCCUUUCAGUUUCCUUCCAGUAUUUCAAGAGGAUGAUGAAGUUGAUCAAGAUCUGGAAUUGUUUAAGCUAAAACUCGGACAUGAUGGAACACCCAAGACACUUCCACAUGAAAUAGAAAAGAUUGCAAGAUGUAUUGUAGAGAGAUUUCAUGGUUUACCUCUUGCAAUUAGUGUGAUGGCUAGAACAAUGAAAGGGAUUGAUGACAUUCAUCAAUGGAAACAUGCGUUGAAUCAACUUAAAAAAUUUGAAAUGGGACCAAUGGUGGAAGAAGUCUUCAAGGUAUUAAAACGUAGCUAUGAUAAUUUGAUGGAUAAGGACUUGCAAAAUUGUUUUUUGUCUUUUGCAUUAUUAUCUAUUGAUGGUUUUGAUGGAAAAAUUAUUGACAAAGAAGAGUUGAUCAUGAAGCUAGUUGACAAUGGACAAAUAAAUAAGAAUAUGUGUUUGGAAGAAAUAUUUGAUGAAGGGAAUACCAUAUUGAAUAUGCUUGAAGCCCAUUCUUUGAUUAGUUCUGAAUAUUUUGGGUUAUACACACAUCCCUUGGUGAGAAGUAUGGCCUGUUAUAUCAUGAAAGAGAGUCAGAGGAAUGUCAUAGUGAAAUUGAAUAAUGAGAGAUUCACCAAAAUACCUCUCUCGUUUGGAUGUGCAACUCAUUUAGAGUUUGUUCAUAUUCGGAAUUGUGUUAUAGAAGAAAUCUCAGAGGAUCUGUCUCCAAAUUGUCCAAAGUUGUCCAUCUUGAUUAUAAAUUAUGGGUUCAUUAGUCAUGUUCCAGAGAGUUUUUUCAAAUAUAUGAAUAGUCUAUCAAUAUUGGAUCUAUCCUUUAAUAAAAGUCUAGUAUCUUUGCCAAACUCCAUCACUAAUUUGAGGUCACUUGUUUCUUUAAUACUAAAAGGAUGUGAUUCAUUGAAACAUGUGCCCCCAUUGGGAGAACUACAAGCAUUGUCAAGAUUGGUCAUUUCAAAAACUUCCAUUGAGGAAGCACCACAAGGCUUAGAAAAAUUAAACAAUUUGAAAUGGCUUGAUCUAUCCGAAAAUGAAAGAUUGGAUUUGGAAUUAGGGUCUUUCUCAUCCUAUUUGACCAAAUUGCAAUACCUCGAUCUCCGAAACACUCGUGCUGUUAUUAAGGUUGAAGAUGUUCAAAGGAUGAAGAUACUGGAAUGUUUUCGAGGUGCCAUUGACUGCAAUCAAUUCAUGCAAAACAAUCUUGAUAUGAGUUUUGGGCUCAUCAAAACAUAUCAUCUCAUAUUAGGAAAUGUAUGUGGUAAAAGUGAGUGGAAGAGUUGUUCUAAUUUGACUCGUGGUGAUUUUAAAAAUAGGUGUAUAGAAUUCCAAGAUUGUGAUCGUUUCAGCCGCCACAUACUACCUAAAGACCAUACUCUUCUGCGUAUAUACAAGAAUAAUCAUUGGGUUUGGUUAUGUGAUGUUCUUUCAUAUAGCACUUCUUCUUCUGUAAGGACAAUACAAAUUAGUUAUUGUGAUAAACUAGAGAGCUUGUUUUGUUUAUCUGGUUCUUGUUCCUUUUGCACCAAGAUUCACAAGCUGGAAAUUUUGUCUCUUUCACAAUUGAAAAGUUUAACUGUCAUCUGUAAAGACGUUGUUGAUGUUGGACAAUCUUUGUCACCGGUUGGCAUAUUCUCUUGCCUAAAAGAAAUUAACAUUUCUUUUUGCAAUUUGAUAGAGAAGUUGUUGACACCACAAUUAGUUCAACAACUUCACAAUCUGGAGGAAAUAACUGUAUCAGAUUGCAAUUCAAUGAAAGAGAUAUUUGCAGUGAGUAACAAUGAUGACAAUGACAAUUCCAUCAUUACACUUCCCAAGUUGACCAGAUUGGAGUUGAAAGAUUUACCAGAAUUGAAGAUUGUGUGCAAAGGGAUUAUACACUGUGAAUCUUUACCGGACGUGGACAUCGGUUUCUGCCCAUGGUUAGAUAAACGCUCAACAAUGGAAAGAUUUGAGAUUCCUUAUUAAUGAUUUUACUUUUCCUUUUCAUAAAAGGUGCAAUUAAGUUCUAAUAAUGUCUAUCUACAUUUUAAUCUUCUAUUUGUACAAAAAUAAUUAUUAUAUAUAUAUGUCAAUCAGUGUUUCUUUUUU